UUUGGGGUUCCGAAAGCGGCCGGGAUGACGAGCAGCGUCAGGUACAAGAGCAGGGCGGUGAAAUCAGAGGAUGCAGAGGAAAAAGAGUAUGUCGGCUUCGCCACCCUCCCGAAUCAGGUUCACAGGAAGUCGGUCAAAAAAGGCUUCGAUUUCACACUCAUGGUGGCAGGGGAGUCUGGUCUUGGAAAGUCCACCCUGAUCAACAGCUUGUUCCUCACAGAUCUGUACAAGGACAGAAAACUACUCAACGCUGAAGAGCGCAUCAGUCAGACCGUGGAGAUCAUCAAACACACGGUUGACAUCGAGGAGAAGGGCAUUAAGCUGAAGCUGACCAUUGUAGACACACCAGGUUUUGGAGAUGCUGUCAAUAAUACAGAGACCUGGAAGGCCAUUACUGACUAUAUUGACCAGCAGUUUGAACAGUAUUUUCGGGACGAAAGCGGCUUGAACAGGAAGAACAUCCAGGAUAACCGUGUCCACUGCUGCUUGUACUUCAUCCCUCCAUUUGGACAUAGGCUGCGGCCUGUGGACGUGGAGUUUAUGAAAGCACUGCAGGACAAGGUGAACGUGGUUCCACUCAUUUCCAAGGCUGACUGUCUGACGCCAGCGGAGAUGAGGAAGAUGAAGGACAGGGUGAGGGAGGAGAUCGAGAAGUUUGGAAUCAAAGUGUACCAGUUUCCAGACUGUGAUUCCGAUGAGGACGAGGAGUUCAAGCAACAGGACCGAGAGCUAAAGGUCAGUAUUAUGACUCUGGAGAAUCAGUCCCAUUGUGAUUUUGUCAAGCUGAGGAACAUGUUGAUUCGCACACACAUGCACGACCUGAAAGACAUCACGUGUGACGUGCACUAUGAAAACUACAGGGCACAGUGCAUACAGCAAAUGACAAGCAAACUGACCCAGGAUAAUCGCGUGGAGAGCCCCAUCCCGAUACUACCACUGUCCACCCCGGAUGUAGAGACAGAAAAGCUGAUAAAGAUGAAGGAUGAAGAGUUGCGGAGGAUGCAGGAGAUGCUUCAAAAAAUGCAGCAGCAGAUGCACGAACAGGACCUGUGAACGCCGCCCUGAGCAAAAACCUCUGAUUUCAACUUGUCUGCACUUUUACAUAAGCAGACACAUAACACUUUAACAUCAUCACACUGAAGGAUUUUCAGUAGAUAAGCAAACAGAUGUAUUUGUAUGUCAAACACAACACAAACAUAUGAAUGCAUGUGUCGAGCACUACGGUUAAAAGGGUCACUUCACCUGAGCCUGAUAUCUAAAACCAGGCUCCAAGUUAAAAAAUUUGGCAACACUAAAAGUUGUUUUCACACUUUGUACAGUCCAUAUGAUGCUGUAUGACUGUUUCCAUGGCAAAGACUGCUGCUUUAUUCACAGUAGACAUGGCAAAUGUUCUGUCUUAUUCUAUUGUUUUUUGUUUGCUGUUUUUGUGAUCUGUUUCAA